GAGAUCUCAUCAGAGCUACAAUCAUUUAACGAAGAGCCAUGGCUUCAAGUUUUAGUGGCGAUGAAACUGCUCCUUUCUUUGGGUUCCUCGGCGCUGCCGCCGCGCUCGUUUUCUCCUGUAUGGGAGCAGCGUACGGGACGGCAAAGAGCGGCGUCGGAGUUGCGUCGAUGGGAGUGAUGAGACCUGAACUUGUUAUGAAAUCGAUUGUGCCUGUGGUUAUGGCUGGUGUGUUAGGUAUUUAUGGUCUCAUCAUCGCUGUCAUCAUCAGUACUGGGAUUAACCCCAAGGCCAAGUCUUAUUACCUUUUCGAUGGCUAUGCUCAUCUCUCCUCUGGGCUAGCUUGUGGUCUCGCUGGUCUCUCUGCUGGUAUGGCUAUUGGAAUUGUUGGCGAUGCUGGUGUUAGAGCAAAUGCGCAACAACCAAAGCUCUUUGUGGGAAUGAUCUUGAUUCUCAUCUUUGCGGAAGCGCUUGCACUGUAUGGUCUCAUUGUCGGUAUCAUCCUCUCAUCCCGAGCUGGUCAGUCUAGAGCUGAGUGAAAGCAGCAGAGACUUAUUAUUAUUAUCAUUCCGCAUAUAGUCUUAUGGUGAGUUUAAUGUAAUGUAAUGUGUCGCUUCUCCUUUCAAUUCCUUUUUUUCUUUCUCUGCAUCAGAGUUGGGUUAUUAUUGGAAACGAGUUACUUGUAUGAAAAUUAAAUCAUAUGACGUUGUACCAAAAACAUUGAUUUUUUCUUUUGCAUCACAAAUGCUUCAAUUAAGUAAUU